AAUAUGAAAAUGUAUGUCACAGGCAAUAGGCAAAGUUACCAAUAUGGAUGUCCUCAUAUUAAUAGGACUAAUAUUCGUUUAGAGUAUAGGGCUGAUGAUCUGUUUGAUUGGCCAAAAUGAGGAUACCGUAUUUCAUAUUUGUCUUUUUCAUUUCUGUCUCAGCGGAUACGUCGGAGAGCACUUUGACGCGCAUCCCAAUCACAUGAAGCGUCGCUCUGGACCUUAUGAAGUUGAAAUCAGAGACGGUUCUCGACCAAAGAUCGUGCGCAGGGUCUUCACAAACAGCCGUGAGCGCUGGCGCCAGCAGAAUGUGAACGGAGCAUUCGCUGAGCUCCGCGGGCUCAUUCCCACACACCCACCUGACAAGAAACUCAGUAAGAAUGAGAUCCUUCGCCUUACCAUGAAGUACAUUGACUUCCUGGCCAAUUUGCUGACUGACCAGGAGGGCUCCGUGUUGGAAAGGGUUGAUGGCAAAGUAAGCGAGAGGCACCACCUAGGGGAGGUGAAGGAGGAGCUGACGCAGGGCCUGCUGUCCCCCAACUCCAGUUGUGGAAGCCUGCUAGACGAAGAGACCAGCGCCGAGAGCUUCUCUGAGGACCUGGACUCCUACUUGGAGACACGGCCCACUUCACGGGGACUGCACCCAACACUGCACUUAGAUGGAGACAGCCAACGGUGAUGGAAUCUGGUGCAGAGAAGAGGAACAGUGGAGAAAUCAGAAACAGAAAAAACUGAUUGAGAAACUGGUGCAUACCAUGUUUACCUCAGUGAGGGAUGUGGUUUAUUGGCAAUUUCAAUAAGCCAUUUGCCAAUAUGCUGAUGUGAUGUGGGAAGAAUUUUAGACUUCACCACAUGAUGGGACCAUGGUACUGUGUACACUCAGCGUAACAAUAUAUACACUGAAUGAAUCAUGUUGAUAUGUCUGCACUUUCAUCAGACUUCCAGCCCCUUUCUUUAGUAUGCAAUGCACCUCAAAAUAAUAGGCUGUUAGGGGAGUCCACAUUUUGAAUGUGUUAAUAGAGGCUUACCGAGUUGAACUUUGAACUCUGAUUAAAGAGCACAGGAGAGUCCCAGGGGUUGAGGCCCUGUUGUAAUGUUGUUACGCUGAACUGGUCUUCACCACCACUGUUUUUCUCAUUUAAUAUAUUUGUAUUGUUUUACACUGCUAAAACAGUGAUCACACAAUAAUUGCACUCACCUGGUAGUUAACCAGUGAAUUUGGUAACCAUGGUAUUUGGUAUGUUGUAGAAAACGUUGGCGAGCAAAAACAUCCAUGAAUAUGAUGCAGUGUUAUAUGACGAUAUAUUAUGUACAAAUAAAACAAAUGCAAUGCA